UGUCAGUUUUUGUUAGGGUUUUAUACUUAUCACAUGCACCAUUAACAUGUUUCUGAUAUUAUUUUCAAAAUUUUACUAGUAUGUUUGUGAAAUAAGUGAUAUUCAAAGUGAUGAAAACAAUACAAAAAUGUAUUUUUAACUAAUUAAUAAGCAUUCUAAAUAGGUUUGUUAUCGAGAAAGUGCAACAAUUCACUCAAAUGCAUUGAAUGAUCUAAAACGGCUCUGAAGAGUCUUUUAAUCAUGAUUAAUAUAGAUUCUAAAUACUUCCUAUUAAACAUUAAUUUAUGCAAAAUAUAAUAUUAACAUCUGUCCAAUGAUUUAUUGGAGCAAUGAUAUUAUUAAGCAUCAUGUGAAUGUAAUUAAAAUUAAAAACAGUCAACAAAUAAUCUAAAGCAUGAGCAGGACGUUUCAAAUUCGACAAAUGAUUGUUUUUUUAAUUUUUCUUGGAGUUUUUCAUCUAUCUGGCCAAUUUUAUGUUAAUGAUCAGUUAUCAUCAUUAAAAUCGUUCUGCACUAUAACAAAUAAUGCACAAGAAUUUGACUGCCGUGGAAUUGGAUUAAAAAGUAUUGAAGUAGGCCUAAAAACCCAAUUAAGAUUGGCUAUAAAUACCACGAAAAUAGAUUUAAGCAACAACAAUAUAACAUACAUUCCAACUGAUGCGUUUGAACAAAUGUUUAACAUUCAAGUUCUCUUUUUACGACGAAAUAAUUUGGAAAUAAUUGAUCCCAAAGCUUUUAAAGAUAUGAUCAACUUACGUGUUUUAGAACUGGAUGAUAAUUGUUUGAAAGAAGUCCCAGAUGCUAUUCAAUAUAUUAACAAAUUAGAAGAUUUAUCAUUAUCCAAUAAUAAAAUCCAUCACCUUGGUUCAGAUUCAUUCAUUGGAAACCCUAACAUCAUUUCCCUUGAUCUACGAGGGAAUCCAAUCAAAGAAAUUCAUUCACGUACAUUUGAAAAUCAUGUGAAACUACGUAAAUUGAUUCUAUCAAAUGUUAAAAAUUUGCAAGAAUUUCCCAAUUUUAAUGGAAGCUCAGCUCUUGAGAUUUUAAGAUUAGAUCGUGCAUCUAUAGAAACUGUACCAAAUUAUUUCUGCAAACAAUGUCCGAAUUUAAAAAGUUUAGAUAUAAAAUCUAAUCUCUUAAAAACUAUUCCUGAUUUAAAAGACUGCCGCAAUCUUCGAGUUUUAGAUUUAACAAAUAAUAAAAUAACAUCGCUCAAGGGUCAAGAAUUUAUUCAUAUGAAAUCACUCCAUGAUCUACUUCUAUCUAAAAAUCAAAUUAAAACAGUUCCAGCUGAUGCAUUUAUUGGAUUGCAUAGUCUUCAAGUUUUAGAUUUGGAAAGUAAUUCUAUUGAAUUCAUUCAUCCAGAAGCUUUUAAAGCAGUUAAAAACCUCAAGGAUUUAAAUUUGGGAAACAAUAUUUUUUCAACACUGCCAGUGGAAGGACUGUCAAAUAUAAUUCAUUUAAAAACUUUUAACAAUCCUGAAUUAAGAGAGUUUCCAGCUCCAGAGUUAUUUCCUCAUGUUCGGACGAUGGUUUUAUCAUAUGCUUAUCAUUGUUGCUCAUUUUUAUCAAUAGAAAUAAAUAAUAACGCGAAAGAAAAAAAUACUGUUAAAGAGUCUGUAUUUUUUCCAACUGAUAAUGAAUUCGAUACCACCCUUUGGAAUUCAUCUCUUACAGAUAUUUGGCCACAAUUGAAUAAUUUGAGUAAAAAAUUUGGCUCACAAAUUAAUCAACUUUGGAAUACCUUUGGUUCGGAUUUUACAUAUCCAAGUAAUUUUCCGGCUUAUGUUGAAGAUUAUUUUGAAGAACAACAUGACAAGAUGACCUCUACAACUGGACCUACAUUUCCAGUUCAUGUCCAGUGUCUUCCUCAACCAGGACCGUUUUUGCCAUGCCAGGAUUUAUUUGACUGGUGGACUUUAAGGUGUGGAGUCUGGGUAGUAUUUUUAUUGUCAAUGCUUGGUAAUGGUACUGUUGUGUUUGUUAUAAUAUUUUCUCGAAGUAAAAUGGACGUACCAAGAUUUCUAGUCUGCAACUUGGCAGCGGCUGAUUUUUUUAUGGGAAUAUAUUUAGGUCUUUUAGCAAUUGUAGAUGCCUCAACACUAGGGGAAUUUCGAAAAUAUGCAAUUCCAUGGCAAAUGUCUGCUGGUUGUCAACUAGCCGGAUUUCUAGGAGUUCUCAGUUCUGAAUUAAGCGUCUAUACUUUGGCAGUCAUCACUUUAGAACGAAACCAUGCGAUAACCUACGCAAUGCAUUUAAACAAACGUCUAUCGCUGAAACAUGCGGGCUACAUCAUGACAGUUGGAUGGGGAUUUGCAAUAUGUAUGGCUAUGUUACCACUUUUAGGAGUAUCUGAUUACCGAAAAUUCGCUAUUUGUCUACCAUUCGAAAUAAGUGGAAUAGCAUCUCUAUCUUACGUUGUAUUUUUAAUGUUAAUCAAUGGCGUUGCCUUUUUAAUCUUGAUGGGUUGCUAUCUUAAAAUGUAUUGUGCAAUUCGUGGAUCACAAGCGUGGAAUUCAAAUGAUUCGAGAAUCGCAAAAAGAAUGGCAUUAUUGGUAUUUACAGAUUUUUUAUGCUGGUCACCAAUAGCUUUUUUUUCACUGACAGCGACAUUUGGCCUUCAAUUAGUGUCACUAGAACAAGCUAAAGUAUUUGCAGUGUUUAUAUUGCCAUUCAAUUCGUGCUGUAACCCAUUUUUAUAUGCCAUUUUAACAAAGCAAUUUAAGAAAGAUUGUGUUUUAAUCUGUAAAGCUAUUGAAGAAUCGAGGGUAACUCGAGGCAUUGGAAGAUGUAGACAUAGUUCUAAUUUUAGUAAUCGCCAAACUCCUGCUAAUACAAACAGUCUUGUUGAUCGAUCGUCAAGGGAUAAUCAGCCACCAUGUACUUGCAAUACUCGGAUUCCGGUAGUAACUUCAACAGAGAGAUGGAGUGUAAAAAAUUUUUGGCCAUGCGGGAAAACCAAAAGACAAAGAUAUACACGAAGUGAUCAAUAUGCUUAUCAAAUAGCAGAAAUUCAACAGAAACAACACAAGAGAGCUUGUUCAGUUUCAUCAAGUGAGAAUUUUUCAUCAUCACGAUCAGAUUCAUGGCGACAAGCUCAUCACUGUGGAAUUCCCUUGAGACUUUUGGAUCCAAAGAAACGUGGUUCUUCUUGGCUAAUAACUCGAAAACCAUCACAGGAUUCUAAUUUAAGCACGUCGCGCAAUGAUUCAUCUGGAUCGGGGACAACUGCCAGUACAAGUACAUGGAAGACGUCACGUUCUAGUGCAUCUUUAGAUAUUCACAUCAAUUCUCGUAAUACUCCACGAGUUACUCGAUCUAAACCUCGUCUUACUCGACAAAUGGCUAUUCAAGAACCUGAAACCCCAGCUAGUCCAUCGAGGCUUGCUGUUCGGCUAUUAACAACAAUUCCUUCAGCUGCAGAAAUGAGCGAACAACAUGACGAUGAUGUUAAAGAUGAUUCAAAGAGUAUUGACUAAAUGACAGUGCUGUUCAGCAUUUUUAAAAGUUGCAAUAACAUAAAAAUUCUAUUAAUAUGUUUCAUAUAGAACUGAAUUAAUAUUCAAUGUUUAUAUAUAGUCAUUAUAUAAGUCAUUAUGAGUAUUAUAAGUAUUGUUACUUGAUA